AUGCCCAGAGUCAAAAGCUUCGCGCCCAGUUGGCUGAAUGAGCCCAGCCCAGGCCAUAAGCUCUUUGAGCCCUCCAGCGACGAAACGAAAACCUCUUCUUUGGCAUAUAACAAGAAACCGAAGCCAGGCCCCCGGAGAGCUAUUGCGCAUCGAGGAACUGAAGUUUUUGUGGCUGUGGGGAAGCAGAUAAGAUGGGGAGAUUUGGUCGACCUGAAGGAAUCUUGGGAGACCAAGCAGGCGCGUACGGGUGGUGUUCGCUUCAAGAAGGAACCAAACGACUUUGAGGUCUACGAUGAGGAGGCUGCCAACGGAAAUUCUGGUCCAGAGGGGUACAGGAUCAUCAAAACACCCGUUGCCGAAGACAUUCGCCAGCUGGUCAUGUCCCCAAACAACGACUUUCUCGCCGUCUUGACGUCUCACACUGUUCACAUUUGCAUUCUUCCCGACUCGACCCAUCUCAACGCCCGCGAUUCGACUCCUUUCAAGCCCAAGUUUUAUACGCUCGGGCCUACUACUCACGUCACUUCUCGAUCGGCCGUCGUCUCGGCAAUCUGGCAUCCGUUGGGUGUUAAUGGCACAGCGCUGGUCACUGUUACCGAGGAUGCUGUCGUGCGGAUCUGGGAGUUGUCAGCCACUGACCGCUGGAGCUUUGACGCCGCCACCUUGGCUGUCGACCUCAAAAGGCUGGCAGAUGGAACCUGUGUGGAUCAGGACUUUAGUGCCUCUGUAUCAGCGACAAACAAGGCGUUCUCGCCAGAUUCUUUUGACAUGGAAGUCGCGGCAGCAUGCUUCCCAGCUAGAAACUCCGGUGGCUGGUCGCCAAUGACUCUGUGGAUUGCUAUGACGGGAGGCGACGUGUACGCCCUGUGCCCUCUUCUUCCCAAGCGUUGGGCUCCGCCUCCAACACUUAUUCCUUCCCUGUCAGUAUCGAUUGUCUCCAGAGUCGCGACUACGGAGGAUAGCCCAGAUGCCACAUAUGAGGAUCGUCUUUUGGCCCAGCAGCAGCUGCAGUGGAUGUCUGAUCUGGACAAUCAAGAGCCAAAGGUUGUGGAAGCUCCCGGUGGAAAUGGCGAGGUGGAAGUUUACAGCCGGCCAGCUCGUCCGGGAAUUGUUCCAAAAUUACAGGGACCUUUCGACUUUGACCUAAACCCCGAGGACGAGCAGGACGAUGAGGUUGAACUAAAAGACAUCUACGUCGUUGGAGAGAAGCCAAAUAUGUCGGAUCUGAUGAUGGGAGAAGAUGAGGAGCUGCUCAUGGAUGAAGAGGGGGAGAAUGGGCUGUCCCUCUCCGUCGUUUGUCUGCUGUCUACCAGUGGCCAGGUCAAAAUCUGCCUGGCAGCCGAAGGGGUGGAAGCUGAGUGGUUGCCCUCAAAAGUUAAGAGCAAGCUGAGGCCAUCUUCUGCGACCCCCAGAACACAAAGCCUGCUCACUUUUCAGACAUUCGACACUGUCAAGCCCGCAGAACUUACGCCCGACAGUUGGCCCAUGUUUAGCGAGGAUGCCACUUCCAAGUAUUCCUUUUACGUGACCAACCCUGCCGGCAUCACUCAUGUCAACCUGGAACCUUGGGUUUCACGCCUCGAAAGUGAGCUCUCGGGCGAGUCGGAAGCUGGCGCAGAUUUUCGCAUUGAUGUGUUGGUUCAGAGUCAUAGCUCAGAGCGGGAGCGAGUGUUUACUCAGCCUCGAGGGCUUAAUGUGCUUUCAGCGCCCGUUGUUAUUCGCGACCAAGACAUUGGUCACCUUCUGCUCUCAUCCACUCAUAAUCAGCCCAUCGCCAUCUUUUUCGACACGCCAGAGCUUGAGCUCGUGCAUGUUGCAAGAGACUCGCCGAUUGUCCAUGAGCAAUUGGAAAUUCCUGAGCCAGAAGUGGUGUGGCACCCCCGGCCUGUUUUCCAUCCCUCGGAUGUGCUGGUUAGCAACAAAAACGCCGUGUCGGCGUGGGUUGAUCUUCUCAAGACGGGUCGGAGAAGACCGUUGCUACAGCAGGAGAUCAGGUUGUCCAUGGCGACGCUUGAAGUGUUCACGGAGGGUCACAAGGUAGCUAGCAACGAGGUGUUUGAGAUCCAGAACGCGGUAGCGGAACUGUUCAGGAAGUGCGAAGCGCUUCAGUUUGAACUCAGAGACCAGCUGAUCAAGGCAGGGGAGGUCAAGAAGAGAAUUGAUACGAUCACGGGCGAUGACCUAGGAGAGGAAGACGACGAUCCUAUUUCGAUCAACGAGCUCACCAGGUCACGCAUUGAUCAAGCGCAGAGACGCCAGGAGGAAUUGGCCAGCAGGAUGGAAAGGAUCAAGAAGAAGCUCGGCCGCGCCACGACUCGCGACCUGAGCGACAAGGAGAAGGCUUGGGUGGAGGAGGUGAAGGGCUUUGAGAAUAGCAUCUUUGGAUCCGAAGUCGAUACCUCGCCCAUUGACUCCAAGACCAGACAGCCCUGGAAGCGGUUCGAAGAGAUUAAGGAGCUCAGCGACUCGCUUCUGGCGCAGGCCGAGCGGCUGCAACGGAAACAAGGAGAGGCGUCUGAAGACGGGCCCGCCUCGCCGGCGCCUAGCGUGAGGAUCCCCGCGGAUAUCCGCAAGGCGAAGAUGGCACUAGUCAUGAGCUUGUUGGAUAGGGAGUCGAUGAUGGUAGAUGCCGUGAAGGAUCGGCUUGAGAGAUUGACGGUUGGGUGA